AUGGGUAAUAACACAUCUAACGUUAGAAAAUCGUCAGUUGAAAAUAAUUUCAGGAAAUCUACCACUUCCCAAAAUAACCAGCAGAAUUUAGAUGAAGAAUUCAGUGAUUUGAUUUUGCAUGAAGUCAGAAAGAAACAAGAGGAAUCCAAUGUUAAGAAAUUAAACAAUAAUCAGUUUUCUAAUGAUUUGAUCGAAGAUGAAUUCAAUGAGUUGAACGAUUUGAUUGAAACUGAUACAUCAGAAUUAUCAAGAAAUAUUAUUAAUGAUGAUGAUAUGGAUGUUGAAAUCAAUGAUGAUAUGGAAAUAGAUGAGUUAAACGAUGUUGAUUUUACUAAAGUAUUGAAUCAAUCUGAAGGUCAAGUACCUCCCAUGGAUCAAUCUCAAUCUCAAUCUCCAUAUGAAACCAUGCCCCAGAAAAUUCCUAAACAUCAGCCAAUUCAACAGAUGGGAACAUUACCCAACAGAAGACCAAAUGGAGGUAUUUCUUCACCUUCAAAUUUUGCUUAUCAUUUGAAUACCAAUUCUAAUAACAGCUCCCAACAAGACAUCAAGUUGGUUAAUGUUGAGAUUAAAUGGGUUAACAUAACUAAAGAGGAUAUUCAAAAAAUUUCUAUUAUUGGUUCAUUUUCUAAUUGGAGAAACAUCAUAAGGUUAAAACAAUCUACUACUCAUAAUAAUGAAUAUAACGUUACUAUCAAAUUACCUUUAGGUGUUCAUAAGUUGUUAUACAUCAUUAAUAAUGAAUAUCGAGUCAGUGAACAAUUACCAACAGCUACUGACCAAGAAGGGAUCUUUUUCAAUUGGUUUGAAGUCAUUGAUGAUUUACAUCUAUUUAAUCAUUCACAAAAUCAACCAAACAGGGAAAAUGCAUCUACUAAGUACGAUGCUAAUAUUAUUCAAUCUGCUGGACAAUUUGAAAUUAACGAAAUAAAGAAGAAAUCCAAUAGUUUCUUAGCUAGAAUUAGUAAGGAGGAGCCUAAUUUCGAACAUGUUGAAUUCAUGGAGAGUUCACCUGAACGUGAAGAUUCCACUCAAAAUCAACAUCAACAACAAGGCCAACAGCACCAACCACCCCAACAACAACAGCAACAACAACAACAGCACCAUCAACGUCAUUUGGAUCAUGACUUUCAUCCUCCAACCUCGCCAGGUGAUUUUCCUAUGGAAAACAAAGAUAAUGGCUCUUUCAGUGAUAAGUACAUUAUGAUGUCAGACAACAAUUCAUCAUCUUUCUUAGUUAACGAACAAGCAGCUAAGCUUGAAUAUUCUUCAGAAAUUCCGGAAAUUUUUGUCAACUACAAUUUCUUCAAAUCCAAGAAUGAAAAUUUCGAAUUACCUGAACCUCCUCAAUUACCAGCUCAUUUGAACAAUGUUCUUUUGAAUAAAAUUUCCAAUAACUCAACCAGUAAUUUACCUGCUCAAACCAACCCCAAUUUAUCAUUACCUCAAUUGGAUUCUUUCAAACAAUUCGAAGCUUCCACUUCAGGAUCAGCUUCCGGUAGUGUAGGAUCAGGGUCUGGAGGUUCUGGCCCAAGAAGACCACCAUUGAGAAGAGCUGAUUCAUCAUAUUAUGCUUCAAAUAGAGAGUCUUAUCAUCAAUCGAUUCCCAACCAUGUCAUAUUAAACCAUUUGAUGACAACAUCCAUAAGGAAUGAUGUACUUACAGUGGCCUGUAUAACUAGAUACUCUGGGAAAUUUGUUACGCAGAUAAUGCAUUCACCUGCUGAUGUUUAA